CUAUCAUAAAUUAGAAAUUUCACAAACAAUCAGAAUCCAAUUGGAAUAUGAAUUUCACGGGACGUUUACAAUUUCGGCGACUAAUGUGCUUGAUAGUGCGUCAAAAUUUCACAAGUGAUUGUGAACAUGCAAUCAACAAACAAAUACACUUGGAACUGAAAUCAAGCUACAAUUAUUUGGCUAUGGCUUACCAUUUCGAUCGCAGUGAUGUCGCCCUACCCGGUUUGUAUGGAUUUUUCAAAGCUGCUAGCUCAGAAGAACGUGAACAUGCCACAAAAUUUAUGGAAUAUUUGAACAAAAGAGGUGGUACAAUAUGUUUGGAAGCUCUGCCAGCACCAGAAUUUGAAUUUACAACAGCCAAGGCGGCGCUCAUAGAGGCUUUGGAUAUGGAGAAGACGGUUAAUGAGUCCUUGCUAUCACUACACGCUUUGGCAAAUAAGCAUAACGAUGCACAUUUAAGCGAUUUCAUUGAAACUCAUUUCCUUGUUGAACAAGUGGAUGCGCAAAAAGAGUUGGCCGAUUAUAUAACACAAAUAGAACGCUGCGAGAAGGAAUUGGGACUGCAUAUUUUUGAUAAUGACCUCAAAGGCAAAGACUUGCAUUAAAAUGCGUAGAGAAAAUCAAACUAAAUAUAUUUCGUAGAUGGUAAAUUAAAAAAAUAUUUCGCUUAACAAAACCGAAAUUUGAACGUAUGCUUAGCAUGAUAUUAAGUUUGUACACACUUCCUACGGUUACACUAAACUUAAGUGUUAUUUAUUGCGAAAAUCUAUUUUACCUUGUAAAAGUCCUGCUUUUUUAAAUUAAAAUUUCUUUGUUGGAAUCUUAGCAAUUGUUAAGAAUUGUGCAAUAUACAAAUAAUGUCAAUUAUAUGUAUUUUUAUGUCUGUGAAAGAAUGUUUUCAUGCAAAUUCCUUAGUACAUUUUAUUAGAAGUAUGUAAAGAACUAUUGCUACGAAAAUGCAUGUGUUGAAUUUAAAAAUUAUAUAAUAA